AUGUCACAGGCCACCCAGCAGAUGCCCCAGUUCGACGAGGCUACUCGCCAGGAGCUCUCCGACUUCAUUGAGCAGGAGCAGGCCAAGGCCAAGAUCCAGUCUUCGGUCCACGAGCUCACUGACAAGUAUUGGCCAGGCAGGGGGACGGAUACCAGUGUACCAGUUUGCAUCACCGGCAGCAUCUCUUCCAAGUUCUCCAAGUCGGAGGCUUCCUGCCUCGAGAACUGCGUCGACCGUUUCUUGGACACCUCGCUCUACAUUGUCAAGCAGAUCGAGGAGCAGAAGUCGCACCUCGGUUAA